AUGGAGAAUUUAGCAGAAAAGAAACCACAUGCUGUGUUGAUUCCAUAUCCAACUCAAGGCCAUAUCAAUCCAUUGUUGAAACUAGCAAAACUUCUUCACAUUAAAGGCAUUCAGAUAACCUUUAUCAAUACUGAAUACAAUCACAAACGCUUGCUCAAAUCAAGAGGUUCUAAUGCCUUUAAUGGUUUCACUGACAUUACCUUUGAGACCAUACCAGAUGGUUUAACUCCAACGGAAGGUGAUGGUGAUGUUACUCAAGAUAUUUCUUCUCUUAAUCAAUCUAUAAGAAAGAAUUUCCUCAAACCCUUUUGUGAACUUCUUUCUAGACUUAAUGAAUCUGCCAAUAUUGGUCUUAUUCCGCAUGUUACUUGUUUAGUUUCUGAUGUGAUGAUGAGUUUUACUUUACAAGCAGCUAAGGAAUUUGCACUACCGAAUGUUAUAUUUUUUCCAGCAAGUGCAUGUUCUUUAUUGUGUACUUUGCACUUUCGUUCCUUUGUAGAAAAAGGUCUCACACCACUCAAAGAUGAGAGUUAUCUAAAAAAUGGAUAUUUGGAAACUAAAGUAGACUGGAUUCCAGGUUUAAAAAACUUUAGGUUGAAGGACAUUGUCGACUUUAUCAGGACAACAGAUCCAAAUGAUAACAGGUUAGAAUUCUUUAUUGAUAUGGCGGAUAGACUUCGUAGAGAUUCAAGUUCAACUAUCAUUUUGAAUACUUUCGAUGAACUUGAGAGUGAUGUAAUCAAUGCUCUCUUCUCUGUGUUUCCUUCUCUUUACGCUAUUGGCCCUUUACCUUUACUGCUAAACCAAACUCCACAUCAUCAUCAAUUAGCAUCUCUAGAUUUUAAUCUUUGGAAAGAAGAUACCAAGUGCCUUGAAUGGCUUGAAUCCAAGGAACCUAGAUCGGUUGUUUAUGUGAAUUUCGGCAGCAUCACAGUUAUGACUCCAGAGCAACUGUUGGAGUUUGCUUGGGGUUUGGCCAAUAGUAAGAAAUCGUUUUUGUGGAUCGUUAGGCCGGAUCUUGUCAUUGGAGGCUCAGUGGUUUUGUCACCUGAGUUUGUGAAUGAAACUUCAGAUAGAGGCCUAAUAGCAAGUUGGUGUCCACAAGAGAAAGUGUUGAACCACCCUUCAAUUGGUGGAUUCUUGACUCAUUGCGGAUGGAACUCAAGCACCGAAAGCGUAUGCGCAGGAGUGCCAAUGUUGUGUUGGCCGUGUUUUGGUGAUCAGCCAACAAACACUAGGUUAAUUUGCAAUGAAUGGGAGAUUGGAAUGGAAAUCGAUACGAACGUGAAGAGAGACGAGGUGGAGAAGCUUGUGAAUGAAUUGAUGGUGGGAGAGAAAGGAAAGAAGAUGAGGCAAAAGGCAAUGGAAUUGAAGAAAAAGGCUUUGGACAACACUAGUCCAGGAGGAUGUUCAUACAUGAACUUAGACAAAGUUAUUAAGCAUGUGUUUCAUAAACAGAAUUAG